AUGGUACAGAAAAGUUCAUCAGAAAAAGAACAACAUUUAAUUAUUCAAUCAACACCUAAAGCUUCAGAUAUUCAAUAUGACCAACUUAAAUUAUUAUCUACUGUGAUAUCUGCUAAAGAACAUGAUUAUGACUUGGAGCACAAGCUUAUCUCAUUACUUCUUAAAAAAAAAGGCUAUUAG